ACCUUUGUCGUCACGGCGAGCUGGGCCAACGAGGCCCUCGUCUGGGACGUGGCGACGGGCGACGUACUAGUGGCGCUGCGGUCCCACGGCGCGGCGGUCAACGGCGCCGCCUGGUCCCGGGACGGCCGCCGCGUCGUCACGGCCAGCGAGGACCGCACGGCCAAGGUCUGGGACGCGGCCACGGGCGAGGAGCUGGCCACGCUCCGGGGCCACGACGCGCGGAAGCACCGCGGCGACCUCUGGGGCUGCGACGUCUCGUCCGACGGCGCACGCGCGGCGACGGCGAGCAGCGACGAGACCGCGAAGCUCUUCGACGCGGCGACGGGCGCGUGCCUGCGGACCUUUUCCGGCCACGGCGACCGCGUCACGGCCUGCGCCUUUUCGCCCGACGGGUCCCGGCUCGCGACGUCGAGCUGGGACGGCGUGGGCAAGAUCUGGGACGCGGCCACGGGCGCGUGUUUACACACGCUCGCGGGCCACGCGCCGCCGGCCGACGCGAACCAAGCGACGCACGGCCGCCUCGAGAGCGUCGCCUUCGCGCCCGACGGGUCCCGCGUCGCGACGACGUCCUGGGACCGGACCGCGCGCGUCUGGGACGCGGCGACGGGCGCGCGCCUGGAGACGCUCGCGGGCCACGCCGAGACGGUCUACUGCUGCGCCUUCGCCCCCGACGGGGCGCGCCUCGUCACGGGCGCCGAGGACCGCACGGCGCGCGUCUGGGUUCUCCGUUAG